ACCAGCCCAUACUCGAAGCGGCCCAGCCUGAAUGUCAGGUCAAAGGUCAUGGUGGGCAAGCGGGUGGCGACACAGGGAAGUGUCCCCUCUGCCAAGACCUGGAAGACCGUGGAGAUCGAGGAGCGCAUCAGACAGUUAUCAAUCAAGUACCCAGGAAAGGAGACUAAAGACAUGAUCACUCCGGUCAAGAUCAAGGUGGACCUGCAAGUGAAGGACAGAGAACGUCUCACCUAUGACAACAUCAACCAAAUACGCAUCAAGUCCAAAGAGGGCUUGAACACCUACCUGGAGACGCUGAGCCAGUAUAAGCAGCGGGAUUCCUGGGACUCUUGGGGCUCGCUGCAGAGCUACCACAACUCUCUGGGCCACAAUGCCUUCUCUGACACAUUCUCCACCUACAGCUGGAGCUGGAGUGGCUGCCGCAACAUGCUGCAGCCCUGCGACCUGCUGGAAGAGAGGCACAACUUGCCUCUGCUGCCAAACCAGUAUUAGGGAGCAGGGAUUAUGGAAGGAGUAUGGAGGGAGUAUGGAGGAUUUCCAAUUAAAAGCAAGAAAUAUGUAGAUUUUGCACUACAUCCUAUUAUUUCCUAUUUCAUUUUUUGACCCCUCUUUUUCUCCCCAAUUUCGUGAUUACGAUCUUGUCUCAUCGCUGAAACUCCCCAAUGGGCUUGGGAGAGGCGAAAGUUGAGUUAUGCGUUCUCUGAAACAUGACUCACCAAACCGCGCCUCUUAACACCCGCUCGCUUAACCCGGAAGCCAGCCGCACCAAUGUGUCGGAGGAAACACUGUUCAACUGACAACCGGACGUAGGCCUGCAGGCACCUGGCCCACCACAAAGGAGUUGCUAGAGAGCGAUGAGCCAAGUAAAGCCCCCGUGGUCAAACCUUCCCCUAACCCGUUACAACCGGUAAUGACCCCAGGCUGUAGUGACGCCGCAUCACUGCGAUGCAGUGCCUUAGACCACUGUGUCGCUCGGAAGGCCACUACAUUCAAAUCACAUCAAAUUGAUUUAUUCUUAGAUCAGCUUGUCACGCCCUGGCCUUAGUUAUCUUUGUUUUCUUUAUUCUUUUGGUUAGGUCAGGGUGUGACAUGGGGGAUUUAUGUGUUUGUCUUGUCUAGGGGUUUUGUAUGUUUAUGGGGCUGUUGCCAUUCUAGGUAAUUGUAUGUCUAUGGUUGCCUAGAUUGGUUCUCAAUUAGAGGCAGCUGUCUAUCGUUGUCUCUGAUUGGGAACCAUAUUUAGGCAGCCAUGUUCUUUGGGUAUUUUGUGGGUG